AUGUUUGUAUUACACAUUAUUGUUAUUAGAGGAGCCGUUGUAACUCAAGGGCAAAGCUCUCGGAGGCUAAGCGCUAGAAACAAGCUACGCAUUUUCAAGGGGCUUUCAGUUCUAACCAAUUAUUAUGAAGCGGUGAGACAGAACCACGUGUUAAGUAAUUACCGCAUUCUCCGUGAGACAACUGUUGGAAGCAGGAAGAAGAGCAGCGGCGCUAAGAAACCUCCAGUGCCAAUUCAUGGCAGUAAAUCUUAUAAGUUGGGAGAGAAUAGGCGUUACUCGCCGUUUCACUAUCCUGGACAGACAAAAGCCGAGUGGGUAACGGCGCGCCUUGAUGAUAUUCUGAACUGGGGGCGUAGCCGUUCACUGUGGCCCCUCACCUUCGGCCUGGCCUGCUGCGCGUUGGAGAUGAUGCAUUAUGCAGCGCCGAGAUACGACAUGGACCGCUUCGGCAUGGUGUUCCGCGGUACGCCGCGUCAGACGGACGUUAUCAUCGUGGCGGGCACCGUCACCAACAAGAUGGCACCCGUGUUUCGGAAGACUUACGACCUAAUGCCGGACCCCAAGUGGGUGGUCUCGAUGGGCAGCUGCGCCAACGGUGGCGGAUAUUACCACUACACGUACUCAACCGUCCGAGGAUGCGAUCGGAUUGUACCUGUUGACAUAUAUGUGCCGGGGUGUCCGCCCACAGCCGAGGCUCUACUGUAUGGCAUGCUGCAAUUACAGAAAAAGAUCAAACGGAUGCGUAUUUGCCAGGAUUGGUAUCGGCACUAG